AUGACGGGAAGGGGUCCCCCAUCGGCAUCAAUUGCAAAUGGUGACAAAAUAAAAGGGGAGAUGGCACAAGAACGGUCCACAAUGAAGUGGAUUGACGCAUUGAGGAUAUACAUGACGUAUGGUUUAGUACGUAGUAGAAGUGAACCCUUGGUAGAACAUGCAUAUGGAACUUGGGUUGUGGAUUUUUGGGUUAGUGGACCUUACUUAGCCCAGUGCAUAUCAACGGGCUACAUACACGUUUUUAAUAUUUCAAAAAUAUUAAAGUUGUUUGAACAAUACCCAUCAAGGCACGAUUAG